ACCCUCCUCGCACCUUUACUCCUGACCUGCUGGAGAGAGAGAGAGAGAGAGAGAGAGAGAGAUGAUGGUAAUGGCGAUCUAGGGUUGCGAAAUCGAUGUGCUGUCUCUCUUCCCCAGGAUCUGCGACGUUAGGUUGAGGCAAAAGAUGGGCGUCUGCUACGGGAAGCCGGCGUUGCCGGCGGCGGAUGCGCCUACCUCCUCUCCGCUUGCAGAAGAGAAAGAGGAGGUCGCCACGAAGGAGAAUGGCGCCGCAUCGGAAGGUGGAGAGAAGGUUGCGGAGGAGAGAGCAGCUAAGCCCUGGGCUUCGCCUUUCUUUCCCUUCUAUAGUCCCAGUCCGGCGCACAGUUUCUUUUCUAAGAAAUCUCCUUCUGUCGCCUCUGAAGGUGGCGGGUCAGCGACGGCUACACCGAGGAGGCUUUUCAAGCGGCCUUUCCCGCCUCCAUCGCCGGCGAAGCACAUUCGGGCUCUGCUUGCUCGGCGACACGGGUCGGUGAAACCAAACGAGGCGGCCAUCCCGGAGGACGAGGGGGAGGAGGGGCGCGCUGUUGCCGGGCUUGAUAAGAGCUUCGGGUUCUCGAAGGGACUUGUGAGCAAAUACGAGAUCGGGGAGGAGGUUGGGCGUGGGCAUUUCGGGUACACUUGCACUGCCAAAUCUAAGAAGGGCGAUAACAAAGAGCAGCAGGUGGCGGUCAAGGUCAUCCCGAAGGCUAAGAUGACUACUGCCAUAGCUAUUGAAGAUGUCCGAAGAGAGGUGAAGAUUUUGAGAGCCUUGGCAGGACAUAACAAUCUUGUUCAUUUUUAUGAUGCCUAUGAAGACAAUGAGAAUGUUUACAUAAUAAUGGAGUUAUGUGAAGGAGGAGAACUUCUAGAUAGGAUCCUUUCAAGGGGUGGGAAAUAUUCUGAAGAUGAUGCAAAAGCGGUCAUGGUGCAGAUACUGAGUGUAGUUGCAUUUUGUCAUCUUCAAGGCGUGGUGCACCGUGAUCUUAAGCCAGAGAAUUUCCUUUUUACUUCCAAGGAUGAAAAUUCCCAGCUGAAGGCCAUAGAUUUUGGCUUAUCAGAUUUUGUAAAGCCAGAAGAGAGGCUGAAUGACAUUGUAGGUAGUGCAUAUUAUGUUGCACCUGAAGUUCUGCAUAGAUCAUACAGUACAGAAGCUGAUGUGUGGAGUAUUGGUGUAAUUGCAUAUAUACUCCUCUGUGGCAGUCGCCCAUUUUGGGCUAGAACAGAGUCUGGUAUCUUUAGGGCAGUCCUAAAAGCUGAUCCAAGUUUCACUGAGCCACCUUGGCCCUCUCUGUCUCCUGAAGCCAAAGAUUUUGUUAAGCGUUUGUUGAGUAAGGAUCCACGAAGAAGAAUGACUGCAGCACAAGCUUUAUGCCAUCCAUGGAUUAGAAAUUACAAUGAUGUCAAAGUUCCACUAGAUAUUCUUAUAUUCCAGCUGAUGAAAGCUUAUCUCCGUUCGUCUUCUUUGCGUAAGGCUGCUUUAAAGGCUCUGUCAAAGACACUAACCGUGGAUGAACUAUUCUAUCUAAGGGGACAAUUUUCCCUAUUGGAGCCUAACAAAAAUGGGUGCAUAACUCUUGAAAAUAUCAAGAUGGUAUUAACCAAAAAUGCAACUGAUGCAAUGAAGGAAUCACGUGUUCAAGAUUUUGUCCUUGCACUCAGUGCUCUACAAUACAGAAGAAUGGAUUUUGAUGAGUUCUCUGCAGCUGCAUUAAGUGUACAUCAGCUUGAAGGUCUAGAUAGAUGGGAGCAGCAUGCUCGUUGUGCUUAUGAACUUUUUGAGAAAGAUGGCAAUCGCGCUAUUAUGAUUGAGGAACUUGCUUCGGAACUUGGUCUCAGCCCCUCUGUACCUGUUCAUGCUGUUCUACAUGAUUGGGUAAGGCACACAGAUGGGAAACUAAGCUUCCUAGGAUUUGUUAAGCUCUUGCAUGGUGUCUCUAGUCGAUCAGCCCAAUCCCUUGCGAAGGCUCGAUAGAUAUCACAGACGAAUGCACAUCUUAAAGUCUUGCUUGUCGAUGUCGUCCAAUUCCAUAGUUGUGAAGUGAUCAAAAAGUCUUGCUUGUUGAUGUCGUCCGAUUCCAUAGCUGUGAAGUGAUCGAACCAGUCCAUUUCUAAUGUCUGUUUGUUUCGUUUUCCACAGUUGGGAGGUAAUUUUGCCUCCUUGCUGAUGUAAUUUGUAAUGGAUUGCAGUUAGAUGGUUAAUACCUAAAGAUUUAGGUUGCAAUUGUAUGAAUCUCAAUUAACAUUGAGCUAUUCCAUCUGUAGAAAGAAGUAGAAAAAAAUGUAAAAAAAAAUCGAACUGCUGCCUCUAUUGCUAAUUGUAUCCUGUUAAUCUCAAAUUGAAGGAAAGGUGUUUGAUUGUGUGACA